AUGUCCGCCGUGGUGCCGAAGUUUAUCGACGAGCCCAGCAGCGUCGUGGCGGUUGCCGUGGACGGCUUCUGUGAGCUGAACAACCGUGUGAAGAAGAUCGAAAACACCAACGUCGUCGUGUCCUAUUGCUUAGAUCCAACCAAGGUUCUGCUGCUCUGUGGCGGCGGCUCCGGUCACGAACCGGCUCACUCUGGGUUCGUCGCCAAGGGCUGGCUGAGCGCGGCGGUCUGCGGCAGCGUCUUCGCCUCCCCGCCCACGGCACACGUGAGCGCCGGCAUAGAGUACCUGGCCAAGCUCCAGGGUCCUGAUGGUCCAGGUAUCCUGGUCAUCAUCAAGAACUACGCUGGCGACAUCCUCAACUUCGAGUAUGCCGUCCGCCAAGCCCGUGCAGAGGGCAUUCAAGUGGAAACGGUGCUGGCGGCCGAUGAUGCAGUGUUCGGCACUGAAGAUGUACAGAAGCGUCGCGGUGUGGCCGGAUGCUGUCUCCUCUACAAAAUCCUCGGCGCUGCUGCAGAGCGCGGUUUGUCGCUGGCGCAGCUGAAGGCACUCGCUGACCGCGUCUCACGCAACAUGCGAUCCAUCGGCGCCUCUCUCUCGUCUUGCUCGCUGCCGGGCAACCCAGCCUCGUCGGUGAUGCCUUCCGGAACGGUUGAGGUGGGGCUGGGCAUCCAUGGCGAGAAGGGACUCCUCCAGAUCCCCUUCCAAGGCGCAGCGUCCCUCGUCCACUUCCUCGUCGGAAUUCUGAUAGGUAAGGGAGAAGUAGGUGCUCCCGCCACGGCCACCGCCAUCCACGCCGGUGUCAAAACUCUCUUGCUGGUGAACAACCUGGGUGGGACAACGGACCUGGAGAUGUCUACCCUUGCGCACCACGCCUUGCGCGAACUUGCCGCCGCGCAGCUGACUGUUGUUGGAGUGCACAGCGGACGCCACAUGACAUCGUUGGACAUGCACGGCUUCUCGCUGACGCUGCUCGUAGUCGAGAACGAGAGGGACCUGGAGUUUAUGCUCAACACGAACGCGUUGCAGAAGCCGCUCAUGAACUUCCACGCGCCGCAGCUGAGCGGCGCGACGGUUCCAGGGCCGCUCACAGCACUGCAGCUAGCGCGGCAAGAGGCGGAGGCAGCGGGACGCGCGGCGGCCACGCCGACCGGCAGCCCCCUCUGCGCCGCCGUGCAGCGCGUCUUUGCGAAACUCAUGACGAUGGAGACCUACUUCAACGGCCUGGACGCGGAGGUAGGUGACGGCGACCUCGGCAGUGGCGUGCAUCGCUCGGCGAUGGCGGUGCUGGAAAUGCUGCCUUACCUGCCAUGGGAGGCCGACGUGCGGCGGACCUUCGCGCUCAUCUCCAAGGCCGUCGCCGACGCCUUCGCCGGCACCUCAGGCCCGCUCUACGGUGCACUGCUCAUUGGCGGCGGCAACGCUGCGGUGCAGGCUCUGAAGAGCGGCAGCGCAGUGGAGGCGGUGCGUGCGGCCAUUGCUCACGGCAGCCACGACGUGCAGGAGCUCGGCGGCGCGCGUCAGGGCGAUCGCACCAUGGUGGACGUGCUGGAGGGCAUGCGUGUGUGCCCGGCCGUCGCAGCGGCGGCGACGAUGCCGGAGCUGCUCAAGGCGUGCCACGAAGCGGCGCGCGCGGCCGCCGACGCGGCGGCGUUGCUUCCCGCCAAGCUAGGCCGCAGUCGCUACAUGGAGGGAAAGGAGAUUGGCAAGAAGGACCCGGGCGCGGAGCUCGUGGUGGCCUGGCUCGAGGCGCUUGUCUCGGAGAGCAGCUGA